UUCAAAUCAAUCAAGCAUAUAAUCAAUUAUAUGCACCUUAUGUAGAGUUUCGAACAGUCAUGUCUAUUGCCGACAAAUUACGUGAAGUUGGCAUCUAUGUCGGUUCUCAUUGGACUAGAUUACCUUGGAGAUGGUUCAUACCAAAUCGUGCUUUAUUCAGCGACGUUAUGCGCUUCAUUGUCUUAUAUGAAUUAGGCGGUAUAUAUAUUGAUGUCGAUACUUUGUUACUUCGAGAUUUGCAACCAUUUUUUCCGUACGAAUGUGCCUAUCGCUGGUCCAUAUUAGAGGCAUUUAAUACAGCAGUUCUUCGUCUCUUUCCUAAAUCGCAUAUCAGUUCCACUAUUAUCAAUCGUGCUCGUCAGACCAAAUCGUCGUACGAAUUCUUCCCAUCAUCCUUACAUCAGAAGCAUUCAUUGCCAGUCAAUUUUUAUCGUUUACCAAGUGCUUUUUUCGAUCCAAUAUGGUUCGCUGUCGACGGAGGAGAUCAAUCAAGUCGACAAGAGUGGAAACUGAGUAGUGGCUCUGUAAUAGCUUUUAAAGAUCCACUGCAACAACGAAGUGAAAUCAGCCGUCGAGGACGAACCGUAUUGGACGGAGCGUUUACGUAUCAUUGGCAUGCAUCGAGCACAUCUAAUAUAUUCGAACCGGGAUCGUAUCUUCACCAAUGGGGUGAAUUUUUGAACAAUCAAAUUGUUGAUGCAUAA